AUGAAUACACAAUUUGAAAAUUUUGAUGAACUAUUAAAAGAUCUAGAUUUAAAGAAUUAUGUAAGUUUUGUAAAAAAAUGUUUUAAAAAUGGAAUAAAAAAAAAUGAAGAAAAUAUAUGUUCUCAAGAUUUGCGAAAUUUAGCAAAAUGUUUGCCCAGAGUUUCAGGUGUUUGGUAUGAUUUGCAUAAAAAUAGUUGGGAAGCAAGAUGGUCCGAAGGAGCAAAAUCAGCACGAAAAUAUUAUUCUGUUCAAAAAUUUGGAUUUCACGAAGCAAGAAAAUUAGCUAUCAAAACAAUAAAAACAAAAGAAAUAAAUUAUAUAUAUAAUAGCAUAAAUGAAGACUUUAGCAAACCUUUAAAAUGGAAUCUAAAUAAUGAGUUCUUAGAGAUUAAUCAAGAUCCAACUAUAAAUUUAAAAAAAAAAUAUAGAACUACAAAUUGUAAAAUUAAAGACAUAAAAAUUAAGAAAGAUGAGAUUGGGAAUUAUAAUAACACAAAUAUUGGAAAACGAUUAAAAAAUGGAAAAAAAAAUAAUUCAGGAUUUAUUUAUUCUAUACAAGAUACAAAUAAAUGUACUAUUAAAAAUAUCGAACAAAUAAAUGAUCAAUGUAAAAAUAAAAUAGAUAUAUUAAAUUAUCAAAAUUGUUUAUAUAUUAAUAAAGAUAACACAAAUGAUACAUUACCAAAUGAAUCAGUUUCUUUACGUUCAAAAGAUGCAACUUUAUUUGUAUCACAAAAUAAAAUUAUUGGAAAAAAAGAAAUAAAAAAACAAAAUGUUAUAUCCAUAUCAAAUCAUAUUAACACUAACAGUAAUAACAAAAAUGGAGCUACUCUUAUUUCUUCCGAUAUUUUAAAUAAAAAUGAAACCCUUCCUGAAAAUACAAACAAUAUCAAUACCAUAGCUAAAACUGCUAAACAAAAUAUAACAAAAGAUAUUAUUCCUUAUGAUGAAAAUAACGAAUAUUUUGAGUGCACUAAUAAGGUUAUUUCAACUAGCCAAGAAAAAAAUGUACACACAAAUUACGAAAAAAUCACAAAUUAUGAAAAAAUCACAAAUUACGAAAAAAUCGCAAAUUACGAAAAAAUCCCAAAUUAUGAACAAAAUGGGCAUACAAAUUACAAAAGUGGUAAAAAAAAUAACCAAACAAUAGUAAAUUCUGAAAUACCGUCAGUUACAAAUAAAGAAAAGUGUAAAAAUCGAGAUAUCAUAAAAAAUGAUGUAUUUUCAAAAAAAAAAAAAAAAAAUAUAUUUGAACCACAAAAUGAACAAAAAUUUAAUAAUGAUGAUAACAAAAUAAAUAUUACAAAAACAAAAAUUGUAGAAAAUAUCGAUAACUGUUUUAAUACUAACAUAUCUACUAAAGAAGACAAUUUUGCUAAUUCAAUAAUAGAUUCUGAACAUGUUAAAAACAAUAUUUCAGUAUUAAAUUUUUCUGGAAAAAUACAAAAAAAUGGAAUAAAUUGUUUAAGAAAUAAUGUCCCAUUUAUUUGUAACAAUUCUUUAUAUUUAAAAAAAAAUGAAGAAUUUUCAAAUUUACAAACACAAUAUAAUUUUUCUGAAAAUAAAAAAAAUAAAUUUCCAAAAGACAAUGAAUUAACAUUAAUAAAUAUAAAAAAUGAAAAAAAAAUUACAACUUUGAUUCCUCCAUAUGAAAUAAAAAAUGAUAAUAUCCCAAUAAAAAAACAUGAAGAUACAUGUAAAGAUCAAAAUAUAAUUAGCAAAUAUAACUAUAGAAAUAAUAAGCAUCCAAAUAUAUUAAAAAGAAAAUAUAAUAAAAUAAUUGAUGAGAUUCCUACUAAUGAACACCAAUCAUCCAUACCUGAUAAAAACGGUUCAGAUGCAAAUAUGUAUAAAUAUAUUGAUAUUGAAAAUGGAAGUAGCAAAAAAAAUGAUGAUUACACCAAUUUUGAUAAUACAUCUAAAUUAGGUAAAAAAAAUAAAGGAUCCAAUAAUUUUUGUGAUAAAAAAAAUAAUUAUAAUGUUGAAUUAAAUUUAAAAGAUUCUAUACAUUCAGAUACUUUACAUAUUUUCAAAAAUGCAAUCAAUUUAUUAUUAAAUGAUUUAAAAUAUAAAUGUAUACCUAAUUUUGAUAAAAAAAUUUUGAAUAUAAUUGAAAUAAUAGAUAAUCAUACAAAUUAUGUAAAUUCAACUUUUAAUGAAACAUUUUUAAUAUCUUAUAUUCAUUUAUUUGAUACUUGUAUAUCCAAUAAUAUAUUACCAAGUCAGAUGGACCCAAAAAUUCAAAAGAUAUUUUGCAACUCUUUGAUAGCAUUUCAUAUUUUGUUAUUUAAUUUACAGCGACCAAAAAAAUAUUAG